AUGCUUUUCUCAAUCCAACAGAAGGCCGCGUCCACCUUAGGCCUCGCUAUCGCUGUCUCCGCCGCCCCCUUGAAUGAACGUGCCAAGCUCCCCCUCUCCGAGCGUGGUGUUGGCCUCGGAUGGCUUUGCCACUUCGAUGGCCCGGCUGCUCCUACCGUUGAUCUUUCCUUGAAUCUUCCUCUCAUGCUGGGAGGAUUAUGUGCUAAGGUCAACUACGACUACGAGGGCUGUAGCAGCUUCAAGCCGUCUGGCAAAGCGCCCGCUGGCCACGGUGAUCCGGUCAAGGCCCAAUCAAUCGACGACGGCGAAGACUCCAACGACCAGGCCAAGCCUAAGCACCAUGCGAAGCCCAAGCCCGACGCCGACGGCUCUGUCGGUGCUCAAUCAUUCAACGACGCCGGCGGUGAUGGUCAAGAUGCCUCCUCCCCCGACGGCGGCAAGGCCAAAUCGCCCAGCUCGCAUCCCAAAAAGCCCAAGCACCACGGCGAAGACGGCGACGGACUUACCGGUGCCCAAUCCUUCAACGACGCUGGCGACAACGACAAGCCCAAGAAAAACCACUCUGGUUCCGUCGGUGCUCUCGGAAACGGAGAUAACGACUCUGACCGUUGCAACCGCAACGAACACUACAGCUCGCAGCUUCACAAAUGUGUCAACAAGAGCUUUUUCUCCAAGGCCAACAAGGACUCCACUUGCAAGAAUGGCAAACUCGAUGCACUCCUUAAACUCUGCCUCGACGUCUCAAUCUUGGGGCUCACCAAACCUCUGCACGCUGAGGCUACCGUGCUACCUUUCGGUCCGGGACGUAAUGGCAAGAACGGCUGCCCCGUCGGACAACAGCUCUCGUCGCUCCUCAACGUUUGCAUUGACCAAAAGUUCUUCUCCGACCCUUUGGCCGGCCACCAAUGUCAAUCGGGAUGGAAGCUUGACUUGGUCCUCGGUAUCUGCUUAGACCUAGCAGGUUGUCAAAACCAGGGCUUAACUAACUGA